AUGGUGUUCCCGCGGCUAGUAGCGACGGGUCGGCGCGGUAGCGCGGGCGGCAGCGAUCACGUGGUGGAGCUCGGACUGGAGAUCGAGUCCCCCCCCUGCGUGCUGUACGGGCCGCCGACGGAGUCGGCAGGGGCGCUUCUGAGCGGGCUCGUAACAGUGCAUGUGCAAGGGGCGGGCGCAGAGGCGGGCGGGUGCGUGGUGGCGCGGCUGACGCUGGUGUUGGAGCAGCAGGUGACGUACGGGCGGCCGUUUGUGGCCGGGCCGCUCGGCAGCUGCGCGGCGUGCAGGGAACGGCGGCGGGAGCUGGCGCGGUGGGAGGUGGUUGCGCAGGCGGCGGAGCUGGCGGGUGGCCGGCACGCGUACCCGUUCUCGCACCUGCUGGCGGGGGAGCUGCCGGCCACGAGCACGCUGGGGUCUGCGGGGGCGACGCAGAUCCGGUACGAGCUGGUGGCGGACGCGGUGUACAGGGCGGGCGGUGGGGAGGAGCGGCGGCGGGAGCUGCGGCUGCCGGUGCUGGUGACGCGCAGCAUCCUGCGUGGGCCGGACCGCAACUCGCUGCGCGUGUUCCCGCCGACGGACGUGACCGCGACGGCGGUGCUGCCGAGCGUGAUCUACCCGCGGUCGACGAUCCCGCUGGAGCUGCAGCUGGGUGGCGUGUGCUGCGCGGACCGGCGAUGGCGGAUGCGGCGGCUGACAUGGCGGAUCGACGAGAAGGUGCGGGUGCGGUCGCACGCGUGCGCGGCGCACCGGGCGAGGCUACGGGCUCUGGAGGAGGAGGUGCGCGCCAAGACGGCGCGCAACCUGAAGAAACCGGCGAAGCCAAUCAAGCGGACGCCGGACAUGGGCCCGCAGGUGACGGUGUCGGUGGCGACGGUAGAGGACCCGCUGCCGUUCGACGCGGGCUCGGCGGCGGCGCGGCAGGAGGCGGACGUGGGGAACAUGGACGACGACGCGGACACGCAGAGCGCGUUCAUCCACCCCAGCGACCACGCGAUGCAGCAGGAACUGCAGGAGCUGCAGGCGCGGAUCAGGCAGCAGCAGCUAGAGGAGGAGCGCAAGCAGGAGACGUCGCACUACAUCGAGGAGGUGCGCACGAUCGCGGGGACGGACAUCCGCAGCGGCUGGAAGAGCGACUUCAGCGGCUCCGGCAAGAUCGAGCUGGUGAUGGAGAUCGACUGCAUGAAGCUGAACUCGGGGGUCACGAACCCGGUGAACAUGGUCUCGACCACGAGCCCGUACCUCGCGCGCGGGCAGGCGCCCGUUAAUGUCACGUGCGACGUUGAGGACCCGACACUGGGCAUCUCCGUGAACCACCUGCUGCUGGUGGAGAUCAUUGUUGCAGAGGAGAUGCUGCACUAUACCAACGGACAGCUGCUUUCGAAGGGCGAGGCUCAGGGCGAGGGCGAGGGCCAGGGCGAGGCGCUGGCCGAGGCCAAACCGGCCGGCCUGGCGGGGAGCCAUGCCGACCAGCGGCUGGCGGAGCUGUCGCCGAUGUUUGCGAACCGGAACAACUCGAUGUUCCGCGCCUCCGCGGAAGAGCACUCUCCAGGUCUGGAGCCGGAUGGAUCCACGGCCGGUGCGGACAAGCGCAUCGUGGGCACGCCGACCGGCGCUGCCCGCGUGUUGAGGAUGCAGUUCAAGCUGACCAUGACCGAGCGCUCGGGCCUGGGUAUAUCGUGGGACGAUGAGGUGCCUCCCAAGUAUCAGCAAGUUAAGUUUUUGUAUCCUCCAAGCUACGAUGAGGCGGUUUCAGCGAGUGUAAGUGAAGUGUCCGGCAGCUCUCGAGUUGUAUCUGGUCCCGAAUCGAAUCCUGCUGUUCGUGCGCCUGUGGCUGCGAGCCCGACCCAGCCGCCCGCAGUCCGCGAAGGGCCUUCUUCCCUAGGGACAUCUGGCAGCGCUGCGAGGGACAUGAUGUUCAUAAGUGAAUCUUCUACACUCUGCAUCGGCGGGGAAAGCCCCUCUGCUCUGCCGGCAGUUGAGGAUGCGAGCCUCGGGCACCGUGUCUGCGUGCGAAAAGUCUCUGAACUACUAGAUACGGAUCGAAUUACACAAUGA